AAAGAUUUUAUUUAACAUUAAUGAGAAAACGGGUAAGGUGUUAACACCAGUUCAAAGGACAAUCCAAGGACCAGAUCAGGAAUAUUAAAUAAAUGUGUAAGUGGAGGCAAAACUUUUUUCCGGCGGUGGUGAGGAUGCCACUCCACUGGAUAGAAUUCAUUUGCAUUUGUAUAAACAAGAAUUAGUUUCCAUUGCUACCGGUUAUCUACAGCCUAUAAAGUUGUAAAACGAUUCCCAUGGAAUCAGAUGCAGAUAACUUGAAAGGAUGCUGUGCAAAAUUUCUUUCCCUACAACUGUUAACAGUUAUUGUGUAUCUCCAGACACAGAGUAGGCAGUCUUGAUGACAAUGGGAAUAUACUGGUCAUAAAGCUAACUUCAAUUCAAUGAGCCUGUGGCUAAGGGAAUUUUUCCUUCCAUCCACAGGUUAUUUCAGGCAAAUUAGAUACUAUACUUCUUUGGUUCACUCCUUGAUUCUGGGAGAGCCAGCUCUUAAAGGGCUCAUGAACCGGACAAACUAAUAAGCUACUCAAUGGCCACACAGCACGCCAAUCAAGAGCCAGGGCAGCCUAAGUAAAACUGCACCUUCAAAAGGGCACCGUGCAGUCGGAGUGUGUAUUUGACCCCUUUUUGCUAGUGGGGAGGAAAUGGUUUCACAGGCGUACGCUAUUCUUAAAUGAAUCGGAAACAUCACCCAGACCUCUGCCUCAUCAUCGUCUCCCCACCUGCACGAGGCUGGGUUCUUUUGAUAGAAAUAAUUCUGCUAGAAAUGAUUCUUUCACGACCUUUAAAACCUCGUAGCUCAAGAUCUGGAGUCGGAACUGGGUUUGGGUUAGGCCCAACCAACUACAAGCUUGUUUAUUCUGGAAAAAAAAAGAAAAAAGAAAAAAGGCAAUAAUUGUGAUUCCUAGCUGCCAGGGUUGCUCCGAGAUUUAAAGAGAUGAGGGCUGUGAAAUAUGCUUUGUAAGCUGUGAAGAGUUAGUACAAAGAACAAAUCUGCUCCUCUUUUACGAUGCCACGAGGCAAAGCUCUUUCGGUGGAAAGGUAAGAGAUCUUAGCUCCUAUCAAGCAUCAACGGAGUUUCCACGGAGCACGGCAGCAAGGGCUGCCCGAGUUCUUCUCCGCUGGCUCCUCCCCCACCACACGGCCCCGGCUCGGGUCAGAGGCGGCGGAGGCUCCGGCGCCGGGCCUCUCCUGCCCGCGGCCUGCUGGGGGUGAAAUCCCGUGCCGGGGCGUGGCAGGGCCCGGCCGCCCAGUUCCUGAUUCUAUAAGCGGGGCCCGGGGCCCGGGGACGCCACAGGAGCGGGCACCGCGGGCGGCGCAGGAUGGGCCCGCGCAGCGCGGCGAGCCUGCCCCGAGGCCCUGGGCCGCGGAGGCCGCUCCUCCCCGCCGUCCUUCCGCUGCUCCUGCUGCUGCUGCCGCCGCCGCCGGGUUCAGGCGCCGGGACCGGCCGGCCGCCCCACCUCGUCUUCGUGCUGGCGGACGACCUGGGCUGGAACGACGUGGGCUUCCACGGCUCGGAAAUCCGCACGCCGCACCUGGACGCGCUGGCGGCCGCCGGGGUGCUGCUAGACAACUACUACACGCAGCCGCUGUGCACGCCGUCGCGGAGCCAGCUGCUCACCGGCCGCUACCAGAUCCACACAGGUUUACAGCACCAAAUAAUCUGGCCCUGUCAGCCCAGCUGCAUUCCUCUGGAUGAAAAACUCCUGCCCCAGCUUCUAAAAGAAGCAGGCUACGCUACCCACAUGGUCGGAAAAUGGCACUUGGGAAUGUACAAGAAAGAAUGUCUUCCAACCCGCCGAGGAUUUGAUACCUACUUUGGAUAUCUUCUAGGUAGUGAAGAUUACUAUUCCCAUGAGCGCUGUACGUUAAUCAACGCGCUGAAUGUUACACGAUGUGCUCUUGAUUUUCGAGAUGAUGAAGAAGUUGCAACAGGGUAUAAAAAUAUGUAUUCAACAAAUGUAUUUACUGAAAGGGCUACAACCCUCAUAACUAACCACCCGCCAGAGAAGCCUCUGUUUCUCUACCUUGCUCUCCAGUCUGUCCACGAGCCCCUUCAGGUCCCUGGGGAAUACCUGAAGCCAUACGACUUUAUCCAAGAUAAGAAUAGGCAUUACUAUGCAGGAAUGGUGUCCCUUAUGGAUGAAGCAGUGGGAAAUGUCACCACAGCCUUAAAAAGCCGUGGGCUCUGGAACAACACAGUGUUCAUCUUCUCCACAGAUAACGGUGGGCAGACAUUGGCAGGGGGCAAUAACUGGCCCCUUCGAGGAAGAAAGUGGAGCCUGUGGGAAGGAGGCGUGCGAGGUGUGGGCUUUGUGGCCAGCCCCUUGCUGAAACGGAGGGGCGUGAAGAACCGGGAGCUCAUCCACAUUUCCGAUUGGCUGCCGACCCUGGUGAAGCUGGCGGGGGGCAGCACAGAGGGCACCAAGCCUCUGGAUGGCUUCGAUGUGUGGAAAACCAUCAGUGAAGGAAGCCCAUCCCCCAGAAUGGAGCUGCUGCACAAUAUCGAUCCAAACUUCGUAGAUGUUUCACCAUGUCCUGGGAACAGCAUGGUUCCGGCAAAGGAUGAUUCUUCCCUUCCAGAAUAUUCAGCCUUCAACACAUCUGUCCAUGCUGCCAUUAGACACAGGAACUGGAAACUCCUCACGGGCUACCCAGGCUGUGGUUACUGGUUUCCUCCACCAUCUCAAUAUAAUGUUUCCGUGAUACCCUCCUCGGACCCACCAACCAAGACCUUCUGGCUCUUUGACAUUGAUCAGGACCCACAGGAAAGGCAUGACCUGUCAAGAGAAUAUCCUCAUAUCGUCAAGCAGCUCCUUUCCCGUCUGCAGUUCUACCAGAAACACUCGGUGCCCGUGUACUUCCCAGCACAAGAUCCCCGCUGUGAUCCCAAGGCCACUGGGGCUUGGGGCCCCUGGAUGUAGGAUUUCAGGCAACCUAAGGGGCAGCUAGAAAGCCUUUCUGUUGCAAGUUGGACUUCAGGCCUUUACUUUGUGACUCUUGUCUCAUUUGUUCUCCCAGCCUGGGUUCACCUGGCCCUUCCCUUGCUCCUAAACCACACUGAGGUGUCUAAUUUCAACCCCUAGUACAUUUGAGAUGCUGAUAAAACCUGAACACUUCUGCUGUUGACUGGGGCGUGUGUCUAGGGGAGAGGGUGGUUGGCUUCAUUCCCUCUUUCCUGAGCUGUGGGACAGCGGGGAACACGAUUUGAAAGAGGAAGUUAUUGAGUCCUGGAACCUGGAGCGGCUGGCUCUUUUUGCCUCACAGGUCAGAUGUUAGAUUUCCCUGUGCUCAUAGCUGGGUUUUAUUGGAGUGAUUCACAUUUCUUUGUAACAUAUGAAAGGGUCAGACAGUUGUUAAUGGUUCUGUUGGCCAGGGGUUCUCCCUGUCUGUGAGAGAUCGUGUUUAGGCAUCCCAUGUGAAUACCCCGGCUUGGUUCACCCCUCGCUCAUGCGUCUCUUCACUCACCUCGUCACUCAUCCCGUCCUGGAGCAUAAGGCUUGUUGCUUUAUUAAGAUCAAUGUGGCACUAGGCCUACUCCUUGGUUUUGGUUUUUUACAAUAAAGAAAUUUGUUUUUUCCCCAGUUUUUUCCAGCCACUGCUCGUCUUGUCUGGACUGCCUGCUACCCGACUCCCUUUGUGGUUCUUUUUCUACCCUUUCUUCUGACUUAGGUAUCCCAUGCCUGGGAAGGCUACUUCGCUUCUCCACUAUGAGCACCACUGGUUUUUGGAACACUGCUGAGGCCUGCCUUCUUUUGCUCCUGACACUAAAGCUAGAGCCCUGCCCAGAAAGGGCAGUGUGUCUGGCUCUGUGGGCAUGCUCAUGGCAGUGCUUGGGUCUCUGUCAUCUGCUUGAUAACUUUUUUUCUAGUUUAUUCUCAUGAGUGUAGCUAUGUCUCAUAAUAUAUUCAGUUGCACCGCUCUUCGGUAGCAGUGAGGAGAAACCUUGGGAAAGGAUAAUAUUGUCCUGAGACGAUGCAAGUAGGCAAUUUGAAAAAGGAAAUGGCCGGCAUCCGGGAUACCGGUCCUUGGUAACACAGAUGAAGGCACAUCCACAUUUCUCUUUUUCUCUCAGUUUUACUGCUUGUAUUGAGGUUCUGAAGUUGGGGAAGGAGGAUGCACAGUUUGGCCUGCCAGCUCUUUCUUUGCCCCACCAAUGUCCUACUAACGUAAACCAGUCCAGAUUAGCUUCAGGAGUGUCAAACUCAGAGAAGUAUGUCCAAAAACUAUACUCUUUUUUUACAUUAGCUCCACUGUUUCAUUCACUGCCUAUCACCAAUGCCUGGAUCAAUGCAUGGUACAUAGAAGGCACUCAAUACACUUUUAAAAAAUAAAUGAAUGAAUGAACAAAUGAGUAAAUGAGAAAGUCUCACACCAUAGAAGGUGAUAGUCCAAUGAGCUGAAUACAGGGCUGAAUAUAAAUAUCUUCCAACCGUCGCUUUUCUGUUCUCGAGCUGCCCUCCUGGGGUAGGAGCACAGUCUGCAUAUCUGGGAAGUCUAGGACAUGCCAUAGUGAAGUUGUAAUGUCCUCUCAGAGGGAGAGGGGCAAAAAAUAUGCCUACUGAAGAUACUCUUCUGCCGAUAAUCCUCAGUUCUCUUCUGCAGAGGACACUAGAAACUAAAACUACCAAGCCAUAUGAUAUAGGUCAUGGUACAGCCAUUUCUUCAAUUCAGUAGCAAUAUUCUCUGGUUAUGACUAACUUGUAUUAAAAUACAGUGAUUGGAAAGAAAUGGUGCUAGAACUAAUGACACCUCUUACCAACCUAUACCCUACUCCUGGGCUGGCAUGCAUCUGGCCAAAAUGCUACUAACUCUCACUCCCAAACCUGUGGCAGAUAUUAUGAACUAACUGAGCCCAGAGGUUCCUUCUGGAGCCUUCUAACCCCAGGGCUGUAGGUACCAUUAAUACUAUAAGAUUGGAGGCCAUCACUACAUGACAGGUACCUAUUUGCUCCCCCAGCUGUCCCAACAGCUGUUCCCAGUUCUAGUUUCUUUUUUUUUUUUUUUUUCCUGCGGUACACAGGCCUCUCACUGCCGUGGCCCCUCCCGUUGCGGAGCACAGGCUCCGGAUGCGCAGGCUCAGCGGCCAUGGCUCACAGGCCUAGCCGCUCCGUGGCAUGUGCGUCCUUCCUGGAUCGGGGCACGAACCCACGUCCCCUGCAUCGGCAGGCAGACUCCCAACCACUGCGCCACCAGGGAAGCCCUAGUUCUAGUUUCUUGAUCUCUAUGUACGAUGUGGAUGUUCUGCACUCGAUGGACCUAAAGGGAAUUUUAAAGACUGAUUUUUUGGUAAAACUUUUGAGAUUUUAUGUUAUCCAUAGUAGAAUGUACUCAUUGAAUUUUCUUAUUCUGUACAAGAAUGUGAACAGAUUCAUAUGCUGUCAUUAGAAGUAUUAAUGGUGUUUCUCUCUGAUUUUGUUUACCUUUAAAGAAGUUUUGUUUAUUUGUUUUUCUUUUUACUACCUGAUUGUGCCAGAUUUGGGGGACAAAAAAAUUAAAUUUAUCUUUGAAAAUGUGUCAGCUGUGAGUAUGAGGUUUCCAUUUGGGAGAUGAAAAAGUUCUGGAACUCGAUAGUGGUGGUGGUUGCACAACAUCAUGAAUGCACUUAAUGCCUCUGAAUUGUAUACUUUAAAAUGGUUAAAAUGUGUAGUUUUUAACCACAAUUUCAAAAAUGUGUUGGCCCAUUUUAUGGCAUGUGAAUUAUAA